GUCUCGCGGCCGUUCCUCACUCCGGAUGAAAUCUCCACGCUCCGCCGCAAAACUUGUCCCAGCUUGAGCACGUAUGUCGCACGGCGCAGACAGGCCGCAACCGUACUCGCAUACGUUAUUCGCCAGCUUAAGUUCCCGCUGAAGCUCCUCCACACGGCGCUCACAUACUACCAGCACUUCUACUUGCACCAUGUAUUCAAUCUGGACCACCACACGGACGUGGCGGUGACGUGCCUCUUCCUCGCCUCCAAGACGUGUGACACGAUCAAAAAGCUCCGCGACAUUCUCGCUGCAGCACAGCUGGUGAACCCGGACGAUGGUGUGCCGUAUCCAGGCUUUAUUGUGAAUAACGAGUCGCUCGACGACCAGCGCCGCCGUGUCAUGCACUGGGAGAAAAAGUUGCUCGAGGUGAUGAGCUUCGACUUUCGUAACAACAUUAACUGCCUGGUGGAUUCGUUUUUGGUAAAGUAUCUCAAGGCUGCUAUUCCCGAUACCACCACGGUGGUGGGUGAAAACAUGAAAUUCUUGAGCUAUGUGCUCACGUUCGACGUGGCGAAUACCGAUAUGUCGCUUCUGUAUCCAUCGCAUGUGAUUGCGCUCGCGUGUAUCCAACUCGCGGGGUGUCUCGACGAACUGUAUGCGUUACUCGACUCGGGUCCGUUGCUGCGCUCUCAGCACGACUCGUUACUCGAAUCGAUCAAUACACGCUCGAUGGACAAGUUCCGCGUGCCCACGAGCCUCGUGCGUGGUGCCUACCGUGCACUUUUGGAGUUCUACCACGAAAACUACCAAGUAUCGCAGUUGGCGCGCUAC